AUGCAUACGAUCACGCGGGCAGAGAGCGCAGCCAUCGAGUCUAUUCACUUCAACAUCACAACGGCCAAUAUUGCGUCACGCGCGAUCACUCCAGCUGGUAUCGUUCCAUAUGCUGAAUUGAUGAGAAUCGACAAGCCCACCGGCUCAUACUAUCUCUUCUUCCCAUGUCUCUUCAGCACGUUCAUCGCAGCCACAAUGGCAACACCCAUCGCUGCACCUUCCGCACUUCUCAGUACUGUGGCUCUCUUCUUCACUGGCGCUGUAGUUAUGAGGGGUGCCGGAUGCACCAUCAACGAUCUCUGGGAUCGAAAUCUUGACCCUCAUGUGGAACGCACUCGACUCCGUCCAAUUGCACGACGCGCCAUCAGUCCUCCUCAAGCAAUUGUCUUCCUCGGAGGACAGUUAUUCACUGGUCUGGCAGUUCUCCUGUCACUCCCAUUCGAAUGUUUCUGGUAUGCGACACCAUCACUACUGCUUGUGGCUACAUACCCUCUGGCAAAGCGAGUUACCUACUACCCUCAGUUUGUCCUCGGACUCACUUUCUCCUGGGGUGCAAUGAUGGGGUUCCCUGCCCUUGGAAUCGACCUUCUCUUGAAUCAGUCCGCUCUGAUAGCGGCAAGUUGCCUCUACGCAAGCAAUGUGGCAUGGACAGUACUAUACGACAUGAUAUAUGCGCAUAUGGACAUUAAGGACGAUGCGAAGGCUGGUAUCAAAAGCAUUGCUCUUAAGCAUGAGAAUGAAACUAAGGCUGUCUUGUCAGGCCUUGCCGUUGUGCAGCUUGGACUAUUAGCUACUUCCGGUUUCGCUGCUGGCCUCGGCCCUUGUUUCUAUUUUGUAUCAUGCGGAGGUGCAGCGCUCACUUUGGGCACUAUGAUUCGAAAAGUCAGAUUAAAGGAUGUCAAGAAUUGUUGGUGGUGGUUUGUGAACGGCGCAUGGUUCACAGGAGGUGCAAUCAGUCUAGGUCUGGCUGGCGAGUAUCUUGCACAAUUCUUUGGGCAGCACGAAGACAAUCAAGUGGAUGGUGCGCGUGAAGGACGGCAUGUUGCUACCGCGUAG